GGAAGGGGAGCGGUAGCAGUGCAAAAUAAUCAGCAGCUUGUUUGGCUAAUUAGCAAAACUUACGCACACACAAAGGCACCAUCUUAUACACAAACUCAGAAGAAACGACGAUUCAGUCUCAGUUGAACACUCGCAACGAAGUGUAGUGUACCCCCAUAAAUCUCAUUCGUUCAACACAACCACGGAGCAGAAAUGAAGUGCCUGGCUUUGGUGGUCCUCAUGACCAUUUUGGUCACCCUCUUUGCGGGAUCCUCGGAGGGCAGCUAUUGUCCCUGUGACCUCAAAACCAAGGGGUCGGAGGUGUGCGGCUCCAAUGGCGUCACCUUCAAGAAUCGCUGUGAGUUCGAGUGCACGCAGCGGGAUUACAAGAAGCUUGGAAGGAUCCUAAACAUCCGAAGCGAUGGGCCAUGCAAUUUAUAGAAAUUUGUCGAUUUUGGAUACUAAUCAAGCAUAUUUUUCAUACGAGUAUCAGUGAGUCAGCAGUCUUCUCCAAUUCAAAUGAGUGCUGUGAGAUAAUAUUUUAAAUUAAUAAAUUACUAUCAAGUGUUAUUUACUCUUAUCAGACAUAAAA